AAGAGGAGGAGCUGGUGUUACAUUUCCCUAAAUCUGCACUAGAACUAGUUCAGUUUGGUGUUAGUGGUGAACACUGGCACAGACAGUCCACAGAGCAGCAUCAGGAUGGAAGGGAUCUUCAUUGGUGUCUUGUGUCUCUCAGGGUGCCUCACCUUCUCCACAUGCCUCCUCCAUCAGUACCACUUUGUGUCUGAUGCAAUGAAUUGGACUGAAGCUCAGAGCUACUGCAGAGAGACGUACACAGACCUGGCCACUAUUGAAAACACUGAAGAAAUGAAGAAACUUAACGACACAGUUUCCGCCGCUGGUAACAGCUCUAAGGUUUGGAUUGGCCUGUAUAAUCAUAUUGACUGGAAGUGGUCAGAUGGGUUCAACGAGAGUGGAGCUGAAUAUAGGAACUGGUAUGAUGGUGGCACAAACAAUUUUGCUGCCAAUCAGCUCUGUGUAGCCAUGACGAACUAUGGAAGAUGGUUUGAUUAUUACUGCCAUAGGAAGACUGCAUUUGUCUGCUACAAUGGAACAUUAGAGGAUUCUGACUUUGUGCUGGUGAAUACAACAAAGAAUUGGUCUGAGGCUCAGAGGCACUGCAGAGAACACUACACAGAUCUGGCCACUGUGAGGAACAACACUGACAAUGACAAGAUACAUUACUUGAUAAUACCUCUCGUAUGGGCAUGGAUCGGUUUGUACAGAGAUCCUCAGAUUUACUGGUCCGACGGGAGUAACUACUCAUUCAGCUCCUGGUAUCAGGGUAACAACAGACUUGGCUCGAUUAAAUUCGUCUGUGGUGUUGCAGAUUUGGAGAAGGGAGGAAACUGGAGGUUAUUUUCCUGUGAAGAAAGAAAACCAUUUGUCUGCUACAGUGUCCCAACAGUAAAGACGUUGGUGAAGGUGAGGGUGGAGCUACAGGACUCCUCUGUGGACCUGAAUGACCCUGCUGUGAAAGAACAGAUUCUGAAAGAGUUCCAGGAAAGAUUGAAGGAGAAAGGACAGAGUGGCGUCACCUUGAAGUGGAGAGAAAAGGCUGAUGGGAAAGUUUUCCACAAGGACGAAAAAGGUUCCGACAAGAAAAAAAAGACUGAACUUUAAAAAUUUGAAUUCAACUUUUAUUACAUGCGCUAAUGUUUCAUGUCUGCACGUAUACACACCACUAUCACUGUACGCAGUUAAACCAUACCAAUGAAUGCUGUUGUAGAAAAACUAGCUAUUGUGCUUAUAUGCUUAAAGUGUGCGUCUGUGUAUAAAGAGCAUCAGGAACUGUAUGCGUAAUUAACAACAGACACAGGGAGAGUCUCCAUUGGAAGGAAAAUGUAAUUAGUUGCUAGGCAGGUUAAUAAUGUUACAGCUGAUUAUGUCUAAUACUCAGGGAAUGACAAAGACCCACAGCACAGGUCAAGCUCAUGUAAAACAGAUUUCUGGUUGCAACUGUACGCUUUCACCAGACAGCACCAUAUAUCCAGCACAAAGAAAUGUAAUCAUAUAUGCGCCCUUACUGGAAUGAUUGUUUUUUUAUCAUAUAUUAAGUGUGUGGAAAUGUAAUCAUUAAAAAAAAAUUGAAGCUCUGUCGUCAGUUGGGUUCCGGAACCAUCUCUGGUUUACAUCUUGUAAAAGAAUAAACACUACUGCAUUGAA